CCGGUCUCAGGCUCCAGUGCGGCCGCUGAUUGGCUGCUGAAGGCUUGGUCCCAUCCCAGUGACCCCAAAGUGCUGGAGGGAGGGGGCGGGGGUGGCCCAGUGCAAAGUGCAUCCCGAAAGCCCCCAGCCUGGAGCCUCGGCAGCUGGCACUUCGGACCCUGUAUGACCUGAGACCUCACUGCCCCGAGACCUCCUGUGUUCCGCCGUAGCUGGGAGCCUCCGGCCCGGAGCGCGGCAGCCCCCCGCUCCGAGCCCUCAGACCCGGACUGCCCCCCCACCCAAGCCGGGACUUCCUCUCUGCACCCCUGCCCCGAGGCUGCCCGGCGGCCAGGACUGCCGCCUCCAGUCUCCUCGGCUGUCUGGGUGCUCGCCGGACUGGGGCCGUGAGGCACCGAGGAGGAUCAGGAACACCCGUGUCCGGCCCUGCCUGGGCUGUUUCUUCAAUGGAGAAGUUGGUGAGUGUGGAGGAGGAGGAAAGGAAGGAGAAAAGCAGCAGCUGAGCAGACAGGUUGAGCUGGCUAGAGGAGAGGAGAGAACAGGAAGGGGUCUGCCCACUCACCAGAGAAGCAGGAGAGAGCCUCUUAUCAGCACCCUCCAUAGAGGUUAAGAAAGAGCUCAUUGACACCAGAAUCUGGACAGACUCUGAGCGCCCGCACUCACGAUGCUGUAUGUGCACAAUGGUUAUUAGGCAAUCCACAGACCAGGAAAAGGGGCAUUCUUCUGUAAGGCUGAUCCCUGUGACCUAAUGAAUCCUUAGUAAAAAGUGGACUCAGCUAGGAUGUUACACCACCAUUGUCGAAGGAACCCUGAACUCCAGGAAGAGUUGCAGAUUCAGGCUGCAGUGGCUGCCGGGGAUGUUCACACCGUACGAAAGAUGUUAGAACAAGGCUAUUCUCCAAAUGGCCGAGAUGCUAAUGGCUGGACCCUGCUUCAUUUCUCUGCAGCAAGAGGAAAGGAAAGAUGUGUUCGAGUAUUUCUGGAACAUGGAGCUGAUCCCACAGUUAAGGACUUAAUCGGAGGCUUCACUGCUCUUCAUUACGCAGCCAUGCAUGGCCGGGCCCGGAUUGCACGCCUGAUGCUAGAAUCUGAAUACAGGAGUGACAUUAUUAAUGCAAAAAGCAAUGAUGGCUGGACUCCCCUCCAUGUGGCUGCUCACUACGGUAGGGACUCAUUUGUCCGCCUCCUCCUGGAGUUCAAGGCUGAGGUCGACCCGCUCAGUGAUAAAGGUACAACGCCGCUUCAGCUCGCCAUUAUCCGAGAGAGGUCAAGCUGUGUGAAAAUCCUCCUGGACCACAACGCCAACAUCGACAUUCAGAAUGGUUUCCUACUGCGAUAUGCUGUGAUCAAAAGCAAUCACUCUUAUUGCCGAAUGUUCCUUCAGAGAGGAGCAGACACAAACUUGGGGCGCUUGGAAGACGGACAGACUCCUUUACAUUUGUCUGCCCUUAGGGAUGAUGUGCUUUGUGCACGGAUGUUAUAUAAUUACGGAGCGGACACGAACACAAGGAACUAUGAAGGACAGACCCCACUGGCUGUUUCAAUAAGUAUUUCUGGAAGUAGUCGACCGUGUUUGGAUUUCUUACAAGAAGUCACAAGACAGCCCAGAAACUUGCAGGACCUGUGCCGAAUUAAAAUUCGACAAUGUAUAGGCCUUCAAAACCUAAAGCUACUUGAUGAACUACCAAUUGCCAAGGUCAUGAAAGACUACUUAAAACACAAAUUUGAUGAUAUCUGAUAUACAGAACUGUGAGCAAGAUUAGGAGUUAUAUUCCAGAUACUUAAAAGGCUUUUUGCCUUGCACAAAGUAUAUCCUAUGCAAUUUCUGAUUUGCUGUGAAGUCAGAAAGCAGGUAUACACUUUUAGGUUUCUUUUUGUUUGUUUGGUUGGUUGGUUGGUUGGUUUUCAUUGUAGGGGAGGGUUUUUUUUAUAUAUAUAAACACACACACACACACACACCACAUGCUUGAAGGUCUUAAUUUGGUUUCUUGGUCCAAGUUUAAGAGGUCCAAGCUUUCUAUACAAUAUUGCAUUUAUAAAAAAAAUUGUUUUUUCCAAAAUGACACAAGCAGGUUUGGAGUGGAGAAUUUACCUUUUCCAAAUUUAUGGUUUCAUUGGCGUGCAUGGUGUUGUGAACCAGCAGAGCACUUGUUAAAGUUGGGAGGCACAGUUUCACCCAGGGGGUCCUGGGUUCUACUGGAAAAUGCCCUAAGAAAUUUUUAAAGUCAUGCUGUCACCUUUUUCAUUUUUAAUGAGUACAAAUUGGCUGUUUCAAACUGUUCUCUUCCUAAUUAAUGUAGCUUUUGGAUGACAUACAUCCAGUACCCCUGCUUUCCUGUUGGUGUGCUCUUGUUUUUAACUUAUUUUUUUUAACAACUGUUGUACACUACCCAGAGACAUUGGGUCUCAACUUCUAUCUCUAGUUGAACUGUGCUUUUAAAAAAAUUAAUGGGAAAGAAGAUAACUUUCUAAAGCCAAUGCGUUCUGUUUUUUAAAACAGUGCCUCCAGUGCAAUACUCUUUCUGGUGUAUUUUAUCCAUUAUUUCACUCAGUGCUCCUCAUUCCACAGCCGGCUUUGACAUACCUGUGAGAACAGGAGCCGCCACUUUAAUUUUAAUUGCAGAACCAGAGUUAUGUCAGUUGCAAUUUCCAUGUUAAGCUUUGUUUUUUACUUCACUUUAAGCAGAAAAUUUCCUAUCCUGGUGGUAGAGUAUUCCCUAAAAAUAGCCCAAAAUAUUGUGAAACCAUUUGGCUUUAAUGGUUAAAUAAUUUGGGGUGGUUUCCUGGUGUUUUGUUUUGUUUUUUCUUCCCAGUUAAAAUAAAAUUUCUAAAGGGCAAGAAUUUCUAAUGGGUGCACAUUUGUAAGCCUGGUUAAUUCCUAAUACGCUAAUUAAACAUUUCCUAUCCAUUUGUAAGGAUAUGUACACAGUGAAGCUCUUCAGAACAGUUACUUUAUUUUCUAGGCUGAUUGGCAUAUUUCUGCAGUGUAAACACAGAUGUGAUAAAGUGUCAAUAACAGUGAUUCCAGAGGCAUUCAGGGUCUACGGUGAGGCCCUGAGAAAUGAGUUCUGUGCUUGAGUUGUCAUCAUAUUAGUUUCAGAAGAAGCUUUAAAAAUAUCCCAGUAUUGUGCUUAGUGCUUUGGGAAAUUUCAGAAUAUUUACACACUUGUAAUAAAAUUGUUAUCAAAAGUUUACAAGAUGAAGGGCUUUCCUUGUCUGCAUUUCUAGUUAUAAGUCAUUAAGAAUAAAACUAUUUCGCCUGAAAAGUAUAACAACAGAAUUAGAACUCGGCUCUGGCUUUACCCCUUUUCAGAGCCAGCAGUGAUAUUUCAAGCACAAAUUUGUUCUCUUGGAUGCAGCAAAGCUGUGGCAUCAGAGAAUCUGUUCUGCUGGGUCUAGGCUAUGUAUAGGUUUCUGAAGAACGGCAGCUUCGAGAAGGGAAUGAUUUGGGGGAUCAUGGACAGGGCAGACACUCUUUUGCAGGGAGUUAGUGAGAGUGUGACCAGUUUUGUAACCAUCCCCAAACUGUAACUGGUAUGUGAUGAGUAGAAAUGGGUGGUCUGUCUUUCCCCAUAACAAAAGCUCCAAAAAGUUGCCUUCCGAGAGAGAGUGUCCCUUGGGAAGCUAGGAUCCGGGCUGUGUUCUCGUUCUGGAAACCAACACCUGGGUCAGAGGUAAGACACGGUGUCACAUCAGGGGCAUGGCAUGGCCAGGAAGGAACAGAGUGUUCCUCCUCCCCGAAACCCUGGGCAGGGAGACAAGGAGAUGGGAGGGGGUGCGGGGGUCCUGCGCUCUGAGCAGUGAUGUCAGUGUGACAUUCACACAGGGCUCAUUUCCUCAUGUGUGUCUGUUUAUUCAGUGAGUGUAAAGUGAUUUUCUUUCCCCAACCACUUGAAGGUUUCCGAACUAAGUUAGCCACUGAGUGUGAGUCAGGGAAUUCCAAGUAAAAAGAUCAGAUAAAGGUAAAUUCUUUGUUCUGUAAGGCUGCUGCAACUUAAGAAAAAAAUUAUGAGAGCUCUUCCCGGAAUCGAAAUUUCUAUUUAAUUAAGAAGUGUGUAAUUCCAUUAUUUAUUGUUUGAGGUUUGAUUUAUCUGGAAGCUUAAAAAGAAUGUUUUCUUUUUUGUUGUUAAUAAAAUCCCAGUCACAUAUCAUAUGUAACAAUAACUAAAAUGUCUCAGCGUUGGUAACUGAUGGAAAUAGGGGCGAACGUGUGGGUCUACACUUGAAUUUGAUAGGCAGAGAAGCAUUCUGUGGUCACAGAAUGAGUAUAGAGAACAGACAUUCUCAGAAAAUCAGCCGAUUGGUUUUUCCAGAAUCUUGACUGAUAUGUUAAGAAUAAUAUAAAUUUGUCACUGAUCCUUCUAUGUUUCUUUUGAAAUUUAUCAUUUAAGCCUAUUACUAAACCUUUAUAAAAAUAUAUUUGGCAAGUACACCAAAGAAACCAACUCAUAAAAAGAUUAUGAUCAUUAAUGAACUGCAAACCUCAUCUUUUGAAAACAGAUUUUUUUGUGUGUGUAAAUAUUUGUGUUUAUAAAUGUACAGCAGAGUAAGAGUGUUUUUUUAGAUUAUUUAAUUCCCAUAUUUCUAAACUCUUUACUACAGAAUAAUCCACGCUUGUUAGUUUGGAGGACUUGGCUUUUUUUUUUUUUUUU